AUAUGAUCACCGACCGUCAACAACCUCAAGAAAUUGAGAAAACUCCAGGCUCCAGCUUUAUAAUUUAAAAUCUCUGCAGGAAGAAUCUUCUUCAACCUGAUUUGUUUGCCCUUCUCUGUCAAUUCUCUGUCAAACUAACCCACUUAAAAAAAUUCAGAAACCCCAUUUCUUGGACACCUUCAAGAUCCCAUUUUUCAUAAGAAAUCUCUAUCUUAACCACUUUUUGGUGACAUCGUAACUAUAAUCUCCAUUUCUGAUAUACCCUUUUGGGUAUUUGUUUUCUCUUUGUGGUAGGCAUCUGGGUCUUGGGUUCUGCUUGCUCGACCUGACUGUUUGCUAGAUUAGGGAGAUUUGGGUUGGAAGAAGUAGAAUUCCAUUGGAAAUGAGGGUUUGGAGGUGGGUUUUUCUUGGGGUUCUUUUUGCUGCCUUUAUUUUGAGGAUUGAUGCCUUCAAGCUAGGUCGCAGUCGACCCACUGAACGAAUUUCAGGUAGUGCUGGUGAUGUCUUGGAAGAUGAUCCAGUGGGAAGGUUGAAAGUCUUUGUUUAUGAGCUUCCUAGCAAAUACAACAAGAAGAUUUUGCAGAAGGACCCAAGAUGCCUCACUCAUAUGUUUGCAGCUGAGAUCUUCAUGCAUAGGUUUCUUUUGUCUAGUCCUGUUCGUACCCUCAACCCUGACGAAGCUGAUUGGUUUUACACACCUGUAUACACUACUUGUGACCUGACACCAAAUGGCUUACCAUUGCCAUUUAAGUCACCACGAAUGAUGAGAAGUGCAAUUCAGCUCAUUUCAUCAAACUGGCCUUAUUGGAAUCGGACAGAAGGUGCUGAUCACUUUUUUGUGGUGCCACAUGACUUUGGAGCAUGCUUCCAUUAUCAAGAAGAGAAGGCCAUUGAAAGAGGAAUUCUCCCCUUGCUCCAACGUGCUACAUUAGUUCAGACUUUUGGACAGCGGAAUCAUGUUUGCUUGAAGGAAGGCUCAAUUACAAUUCCACCUUAUGCUCCACCCCAGAAAAUGCAUUCACACCUGAUUCCUGAGAAAACUCCUCGGUCCAUUUUUGUUUACUUCCGAGGAUUGUUUUAUGACGUGGGAAAUGACCCAGAAGGUGGUUAUUAUGCAAGGGGUGCCCGAGCAGCAGUCUGGGAGAACUUCAAGGACAAUCCACUCUUUGACAUUUCAACUGAGCACCCGACCACAUACUACGAGGACAUGCAACGAGCCAUCUUUUGCUUGUGUCCACUUGGUUGGGCUCCAUGGAGUCCAAGGUUGGUUGAAGCAGUGAUAUUUGGAUGCAUCCCUGUUAUCAUUGCAGACGACAUUGUUCUACCAUUUGCUGAUGCAAUCCCGUGGGAAGAAAUUGGUGUAUUCGUUGAUGAGAAGGAUGUUCCAAACUUGGACACCAUACUCACAUCAAUCCCACCAGAAGUAAUAUUAAGAAAACAGAGACUGCUCGCAAACCCUUCAAUGAAGCAGGCAAUGUUAUUCCCACAACCUGCCCAACCAGGAGAUGCUUUCCAUCAAGUUUUGAAUGGACUUGCCCGUAAGUUACCCCAUGACAAGAGUGUUCACUUGAAGCCAGGUGAGAAGAUCUUGAAUUGGACUGCAGGCCCUGUUGGUGACCUCAAACCUUGGUAGCAGUUGUUAUGUUGUGUAAUAUCAACAUCCUUCAAAAUCACUAGCUUGUUUGUUGUAUCUCCGAGCAUUAAUGAGUCUUUUUUGGCCUUCAAACAUUAAUGAGUUAGUCCUUUUGAGCACAGAUUAUGUAAUGUUAAUAUAUAUCUUGAUUUCCUUCUAAAUGCAUUAGAUUAUACCGUCCUUUCUACAGCCCUAGAUUUGUGACUAUUUCCUGUAUCCUCUCAAUCAAAUUUUCAGUCUGUU